ACAAAUACAACUUCCAAAAAGUAUCAAAUUCACAGGUUUUGAACUUCCCAUCAGCUGAUAUAAUCCCUCAUUUAUUUUCUGUAUCGAGUGUUUGGUUGUGAAUAAGAUGAAUAUAUUAUGUCUCCCCACAGACCACCUCACUGACCAUAAGCACUUCAGCAGCUGGACUUAAUGGCUGCAAUCUGAUUACCUGGACCGUGAAUGAACACGACGAGCAAUCGGAUUAAAUUCUUUUGCAAUUACCCAGUUCUCUUACCUUCAAGCACGUAAGCACGUCCAAGAAUUGUGGCCAGUACAAUGACUUUCUCUACGCUUCCGGUUGUGCACUAUCAACGAAUGAAGCCUACGUCAUCAUCCCCACAGCUUACAUUGUCGUUGACACGCCGAGACAGCCUCGCCAAGAGCUCAGCACACUGUGACCAUGUGUGCAAUUUGGACUUCUUCAGCCUUGAAAGCCUGCCUCUAUGAGGCGAGAAGGCCUGAUAAAAAAAUUCGCAUUUUGCCAGAAUGGGAAUGUAGUUCUGGCGUGUAAACUCCUGCACUAUUCAAACUCUUCAAGUAUGACUAGCAGUUUGCUCUAGUACCACACAAAAAACAAGCAAUGUCGGUUCCAGAAGAUUCUGCUUUGCAUUAUAAAGUUUCCCUAUUUCGUAUUUGUCGGUUGGCGUUUCAAACAUAUCUGGAAUUCUAUUCAAACAGAAAGGUGGUUCUAUUCUGACACUUUUAAAAACUUAUUUUGAAGACAGAUUGUUUAUAAACUACUACAGCUGUUGAAACAUUCAUAAAGUUGCGUCAUCGUGAGCUGCAUCAGAACUUCCCAUCAUUUUCACAUAAUCAAAGUUCAACAUGAGGUAUCGCCGCAGUUGACAUCCCAGAUGUCAUGAAUAUUUCACAUAGAAGCUGUUCCAUCGACGAGCGUUGUUGGAACGUUCACAAUCUCUUUGUUUUUGGCCAAAUCAACGCAGGCUACAAGCUUCAUCUCUCCUCACCAUAUUAUCUGCUGUUCUCAUUCCUCGAACUACAAUAGAAGAGAAAAUAUCCACACAAACACAUCGAGGGAUAAACACCCAGCCGUAGAGAAAGAAAAUCAUUCUGGAGAAAGAUAAGCACGAGUUAUUUGUGGGAUGUUUUCUCCUUUUAAAAAAAACGUUUUCAUCUUUAAACCCAUGGAAAACAUUUGACUGAGCGUCCCGGAUUAAGACUGACAAGCAGGAUGUGUGCGACUAGGGUGUGUCCUGAUUGAGCGCGAGGUUUGAGCAGACUGUGAGUCGAGUGGAUUAGUGAGGGCCGAUUUAGGCCGCUCACUCCAAAGGAUUACAGGCAGCUUCAGAAUGCCGAAGAAUCCUUCCUCGUCCUCACAAAAUACGUUUCUGGACACCAUCGCCACACGGUUUGAUGGAAUACAUAGCAACUUCGUCUUGGGCAAUGCUCAAGCCCACGGCUAUCCUAUUGUGUACUGCUCAGAUGGCUUCUGUGAGCUUACCGGAUUUACCCGGGCCAACGUCAUGGCCAAGAACUCCGGGUGCCGGUUCCUGUACGGCCCGGAGACUUCCGACUCGGAGACGGGGAAAAUCAAAGGAGCGCUCGAGGAGAAGAAAGAACUGAAGACGGAGCUCAAGUUGUACAGGAAAAACGGAACUCCGUUUUGGUGCCUGUUGGAUAUCGUGCCCAUCAAGAACGAGAAGCGAGAUGUGGUGCUCUUCCUCGUCUCCCACAAGGACAUCAGCAAGGAGAAGGGAGAAGGAAGCUCACACACUGGCAGUCCUGGAGACAAACUGAAUAUCGAUUCCCCAACGAAGAAGAAUUCAGAUUCUGACUCCUCCGAUGAUGGCAGCGAUGAUGACGAUGACGAUGACGAAGGAAUGCCAGAGAAUUACGACUAUGGGCGCCGACGGAGCCGAGCAGUGCUUUACCACAUCAGCGGGCAGCUUAACAAACAGAAUAAGGCCAAGAGUAAAUUGCAGCAACUCAACAGACUCGCCUCCCAGAUGCCAGAGUACAAGGUUCAAGAAGUGAAAAAGUCCUCCUUAAUCAUCGUGCAUUACGGCAUCUUUAAGAUCGGCUGGGACUGGUUGAUCCUCCUCUGUACCUUCUACAUCGCCAUCAUGGUUCCCUUCAACGCCGCCUUCAGGGAGUCAGGGCGCUUCAAAGACUCCAUGUACAUUGAUGCUGGCGUGGAAGUGCUCUUCGCUAUUGAUAUUGUUCUCAACUUCCGGACAACCUUUCUGAACAAGUCGGGGCAGGUGGUCUACGAAGGUAAAAUGAUCGCCAUCAACUACAUGCGGGGCUGGUUCCUCCUUGACCUUCUUGCAGCCAUACCCUUUGACCUCUUGUAUGCCUUCAGCGUCGAAACGGGAAGUCCCAUCAGUAAUGCGGCCACAAUGGUGCACUUACUCAAAGUGGCACGUCUUCUUCGCUUGGCGCGCCUCCUGCAGAAGAUCGAACGUUACAACCAGUACAGCGUCAUCGUACUAGCUAUGCUAAUGUGCUUCUUCGCACUGCUUGCUCAUUGGCUGGCCUGUGUCUGGUACGUCAUCGGGAAGGCGGAGCUUGAAACCAGCCAUGAGAACUGGACAGCUGGGUGGCUGUUCGAGCUUUCUGAGCGACUAGACAUGGUCAUAAUCAACAAGACUCACAACAUGCCGGACAUGAUGACGUCAUACCUGACAGCUCUCUACUUCACGUGCUCCAGCCUGACUAGUGUUGGCUUCGGCAACGUGUCAGCUAACACCAACGUGGAGAAAAUCUUCUCAGUGUGUGCUAUGCUGGUGGGAGCCAUCAUGCAUGCCGUUGUGUUCGGAAAUGUGACAACGAUCAUUCAGAGGAUGUACGCCCGCCGCGCCACCUUCCACUCCAAGACCAAAGACCUCAAGGAUUUCUUCAGAAUACACCACUUUCCCCGGCCUCUAAAACACAGGAUACGGGAUUACUUCCAAGCUAUGUGGUCCAUCAACAACGGGAUUGAUGUGAAAGAGAUUCUGAAAGACUUCCCUGAAGACAUGAGAGGGGAGAUUGGACUUCACCUUCAUCGGGAGAUUCUCUCUUUACCUAUCUUCAAAGAGGCGCCGCCAGGAUGUCUCAAGACAAUUUCCCUGCACACUGAGAGAUUUGUGUGUGGACCUGGAGAAUUGAUUAUGAGGAAGGGUGAUGCAGUGAACUACCUCUACUAUGUCUGUAGUGGAAGUAUGGAAGUCCUCAAAGAAGACCAGGUGAUUGCGAUUUUAGGUAAGGGCGAUAUUUUCGGCACGGACCUGGACUACGAUGACCCGGUCAGUAUCAGCGGCUGUGACGUGCGAUCCCUGGCUUACUGUGAGCUGCUGUGCAUCCAGGUGAAAGGUCUGUGUGAGUCGAUCUUACUGUACCCCGACUUCGCCGAGACGUUCAGCAGGGAGCUGCCCAACGAUCUAACGUGCAAUGUCCGGGAAGGACAUGAGGACCAUAGCGAUGACGAAUCCUCGACGGCAGCUCCUGUCAUCACUCUUCCUUCAAUCUCGGAAGACGAGGAAGAGGAGGAUAACGAUGAAGACAACAACAACGAGGAGGGCAUGACGUGUAAAGAGCGCCCGAAAUCGAAUCAACAUCGAGAUGAUGAAGAGGACGAGGCUGGUGAGGGAAGAGGCAAUACUCCGUUGUCUCCAUUGCUGGCUCAGUUCUCGCGAAGUGAAUCUCAUAUGUCUAGCUCUGAUUGGCUGGCAAGUAGAGGGAGAUUGCCAAAUGGGCACAUCGCUUCAGCUCUGAGCCUACGUUUUGGAAAACACCAACAAAAGCUAAGACAGUGGAUCAAUAGAGCUAGAAAAAGAGACGACGUCCCUCCCACUCCAGCCUCCCCUAGCGUCCCAACCACGCCCACAACCCCGGUUGGUCACGUGAGCCAGAGGCCCAAACUGGGCCCGGUGACCCCGAGCCUGUCCUCCCUCGCCCUCCGAAGGACAGCAGCGGCCAGCAGCACAAGGCUCAUGCACCGACGAGCGGCCAGGGAUAAGCUCAAGCCGUGCAGGACGCUGCCCACUCUCAACACUGUGUCUUCAGAGCGCUCUGUGGAGCAGGUGAUGGUUCACACGUUACAGAUGGAGCUGGAGGGCACACGUGACACUGUCAUAGGCCUGGAGCGACGCCUGGACGACCUUCACGAAGACCUCUCAUCCAUCUCCCGCAAUGUUGACAGCUUGCUCCGCCUCGUCUCGCAGAGCCCUGCCCCCAUGUAUAUGUCAAGCCACAGCUUACAGCCUUCUUACAACGCUUCGCCUUCGCCCCACCCGCACGGUUUGUACGCCACGCCCAGUUUUUAUUUCAGCCAGUCGACAGAUACAGGCGGUGAAUGCGACACACGAGAUUCAGCCAGCCUGCGAUCCACGUCGUCUCCCGCUCCGGAGAUCUGGCCAACUUCUGCGGGACUCCAUGGCCGCAAUGAUCAUUUCCUGGCACCUCUACAACUACAAAGGGGAGUGGCUACUCCAAGCCCACUCCCCAGUCCACGAAUCAGCUUCAGCCCUAGCCCCAUGUCCCAUUACCUGCCACCUAUGCCCCGACCGAGCAUGGCUAAUCCUAAUAUCACGACAGCCAGUACCUCGUCAAACACAACAAGUAACAACAGCGCUUCGAACACGAACAAUUCCGGAGCAAGUGAACUCCGUGGCGGUCAGAGUCAUAGCUUAGCGUCAAUAACAGACACCAACAACACAACGCCACCCUCCAGCAGACUGAGUGAAGGAACUGACUCUAUAUCCUCACCACCAGCGUCUGCAGGGCUUCUCUCAUCCAGAUCAAAACCUGAUUCACCUCAGGUCGGAGCAGCCCGCCAUGCCUCAUUACGCCCAUCCAACCUCUCACCUCUACAUCCCCGUCGUGGGAAAUCGCUGUUUUCCUCUUCAAAACAUUCUCGUUCUGUCAUGGACUUUGGAGCGAGAAAACCAGCCCUAGAUCUCAACCUGACACCGUCGUCACUGACCAUGAGUCCAUUAGCACUCGAUCAUUCCUCUCACGGUUUCCAAGACGAGUACUACAAACUCACCCAGCUUGAACCGUGUGACGCAGAAACUGGCCACUGCCAAAAGGCAGACGCUAUCCGGUUAUCAAACCAGGACUUAACGUCAAUAGUUUCUCCUCACAACGCAACAACAUCCGUCUUAGGAAGCAGCCCUCAGCAAAAAUCUUCGUCAGCCUCUCAAAAAGACUUCUUCACCUUCCCAUCUCCAGACCAAUCGCCUCCCGCCCAAAGCAGCGGGGACACAACAGCACCCCUGGUCAAAUCAUCUCCCUCGUCCACUGCGCAACUUUCUCCGACGAAUGGCGGAAACCAACGAUUGCCUUUACGAAAGUCGCCAACGACAAAACUAAAUUCGCCCUCUGAUGGAUGCCCAGCCCAUGGGGAUGAAAGUGAUAAACGCCUUUCAGGCCCUGCGGAUAGAAGCAACCAGCAACAGCUGGGUGGCCAGGGCUUCACGACAGGGCACUCAGGGUCACAUCUGCCUCAGAACUCAAGUCAUAGAGAGUUACGGAACAAUUUCAAUUCCAUCGAUUCAGGUGCACUCACGGAAUUCCACGCAUGCGCAUCGAAACCUCAAAGCACUUCCUUGUCCACUCUCCCGCUGUUGACGUCCUUACAGCCUUGCGCUGACGGGAAGUUCCCGCGAUCAGUCUCAGCCUUAAACUUGCCCGGACCCGCUCGGACUCGCGUGAAAUCAUCUGAUGACGUCAGAGGAGGAGUCUGUGACGUAGCACAUAUGGUUGUAGCACCAUUAAGUCGUCCAGAGUCCAUUUCUGACCUACAGAUUGAGCAUACCACGAAUGUGUGAUGCUAUUUCUUCACCGAUAACUAUUUGAACCACAAACGCACAGCGAUAUUCACAUCUUCUCAAUCCAUGUUUACGGUCAAUAAUUGCUCUGUUGCUUACAUUCAUUAUAUUUUGUUUACAAGAUCCUAAUAAUAUCGCUGUACCACGAUUUGGUCAAACUACACAUUUAUUUAAACAGGAGUAGCAUCUGUAAAAUGAGACAAUAGGCUACAAUUUAUUAAAGAUAUAAAAGUGAGUGAGGUAGGUUUAGUAUCAUCGCAAGGGUCCCAUUGAAGGCCGCAGAAAUAGCAGGUACGAAAACGUUGAGAUUCAUACUAAGAAAUACGCCUCCGCAAGAGUUUCUUUUAAUCUUGACGAUAAGAUGAAAAGCUAGAACACCUUAGCUAGGUUCUGUAUUCCCAAAUAAGCACUGUUUCAUAGCACAUUAAUUGAUAUCUUUCUUCAGACUACAAAGUUUAUAUCUUUCUACGCAAACAUCAUUGCACCGAAGCACAAUCACUCUUUUGGUUUCUACUUUUUAUAGCUAGAUGAUACCCCAAUCCAUCAUUACAUGGCAUACAUUUCACGGAAUCCUUAUGGAGUUGUGAUACCACUAUGUCUUUCUAGAAUUGGAACGUAAAUAGUUCAUGUACCUAUAUUAUACGUUGGUGUGUUUUGAGCUUUUAUUAUGACUACCCAUGUUCGAAUUUAGAGUCAAGAUUGAGUUAAUGAAACCCCCCUAGAAAGUUUGUUAAAGGACAACCCUACCCUUCCAUAACCUCAUUGGUAUAAUGUAAUUAAAUUUAAUCUUCAGCUCUCUGAAUGUAAUAUUGGAUAUUGCAUGAAUGUCUCGUCCACUAGGACGACACCAGCGGUGUUACUGCACAGUGCCCUUACUUUUAUAACAUUUUGUAUUCAAACCCAUCGAAGGCCAUAACUGCCUUUGUUGUGCUGUGUGUUUCCAGCCUCAAGAAUAAUAGAACUUAAAAAACAUUGCUUUAUUUCGCAAUCGAUGUUCUCAUUUUUUUUUCAAAUCAUAGAUCUGUGCAGAUCAAGUAAAGGUCAAAGAAGACAGUUGGUGGAAGUGCCAGUGGUCUCCAUCUGUGAACACUCUGCGUACGAAACCGGUCAGCCCCAGAACCCGUUUGUUCAUUGUAACGGGGUGUUUUCCCUGCAAUUUGCAUACAUAGGAGCCCGUACGAAAAUAGAAAAUCGCCUCAGAAUCUAGAGCUGCGGCAAUAAAGUUUUCAAAGCUACUUUGUUGUAUACUGAGCGCGGACUGGAUUGAAGGGAGAUGGGUUGGCGUGGACUAUCGGGUUAUGAAAUCUACACGCACAUGUGUGCUAAACCAAAACGUUUAUUUAAGCUCUCAAGUAAGCUCUACCGAGCCGAUCAGUCACUAAGACGUUUUCGAUUGGUACAAUCAAUUGCUCUUCUCAUUUGGCCAAACAAGUUUGUUUUUCUUUUACUUAUUAGACAAUCCGACUCUGUAUUUAUUGAUCACACUGAGUGGAAAUAAACACGAAGACAUGGGAAGGCCCAAUUUAGAAAAUACCCCACUUACCUUUAUAGAUUGUUUAGGCCUGAAGCAGCCACGUUAAGUCUGUCUUUGCAUACAUGUAAUUCUUUCAAAUCGAUCAGGUCUUCUGUGAGGUGAGGUCCAAAUGUAUUGCAUUGUGGAGAAAUCAGGCGUUCGACAAUGUUUGGGCAUAUGGAGCGAUAUGUGGGGAGAUAAAGCUUAUGUCUUGUCUAGGACGGAAAAAAUACCCAUCUAUCUUAAAUAUAAGUCAAGAUAUUUGCAAUUUGAGGGGGUGGGAUUCGACGGUGUCGGAGGUAAAAUUAGCAAGAUGAUGAUCACCAAACUUUGGUGACAUCCAAAGCUAGAGAAUCUUUGGAAACAGUUAAAAAGUUACGUUUUUGUGCCUUUGGUCAACGUUUGCCAUACUACUACAUGUACUACGUAUAAAUAGACAUAAAUGCUGUUGAGCUAAAAA